CUUCUUCUCGCAAGUUGUAGUAGCGAAGAAACAAGGGCAUUUAUAUUCACUAUCAACUGAAACAUUUAAUCGAUAAAGAGCUGCGGCGAGACGAAAGAGCUGCAAAACAGCUGUCAUCAUGUCAGAAUCAACUUUAGCUAUGAUGACAGUGAAUAGUGAUUUUGAUUAUUCAGUGAAUAGUGAGGAUGAUUAUUCAGCCUACUAUGAAGACAACAUUGAAUAUCAGUCUCCUUGCGACAGUGGUGACAUAAUAGAUUUCAGCAGAGUGUUUAUCAUUACACUCUACUCUUUGGUUACCAUCCUCGGCUUCAUCGGCAAUGUCCUGGUGGUGUGUGUCCUGGUGAAACAUCGGAACCAGACAUCUUUGACAGAUAUCAACCAGACAUCUUUGACAGAUAUCUGUCUUUUCAACUUAGCUUUGUCUGACCUACUAUUUGUAGUCACGCUUCCACUUUAUACACACUACACUAUGGUCAAAACAUGGACCAGUGGUAACUUUUUGUGCCAUUUAAGUGGUGGCCUGCAUAGCACUGGUUUCUUCUGCAGCAUUUUUUUCAUGGUUGUCAUGACACUGGAUCGCUAUAUGGUUAUCCUGCAUGAUGCCAAAGUGGUCCAAUAUCGCACUGUGAAAACAGGGUACACUCUCACUGUAGUUGUGUGGUUUCUGAGCUUGUGUAUCUCCCUCCCAUCUUUCAUUUUCACUACAGAGAUACAACAAUCUAACGGGCUGGGUUGCAGUUACGUCCCAAACAAUAAUGCCUGGAAGGUGUAUGGAAUCUCAUCAAUAAAUAUUUUGGGUCUGGUGCUCCCUUUGCUGGUUAUGGUGCUCUGUUACUCCAGGAUCUUACCAGUCUUAAUGAGGAUAAAGAGUACGAAGAAGCAACGUGUUGUCAAGCUGAUUAUUUCCAUAGUGGUUACCUUCUUUCUCUUAUGGGCUCCAUAUAACAUUUCCCUUUUUCUGAGAUAUCUGCAGACUCAAGAGAGAUUUCCAAAAGACUGUGACUCUUUAAAACAUUUGAAAUUAUCAAUCGCAGUCACUGAAACAAUUGCAUACACUCACUGCUGCUUAAAUCCCAUCAUAUAUGCUUUUGUGGGACAAAGGUUCAUGAGGCGUGUCUUUCUACUGGGUAAAUGUAUGUCUGUCAGCAGACAUUCGUCAGACUACUACUCUCGGAAGAGUUUGUCCAUUUCCAGAUCUUCUGAGCGCACAUCUAUCCUCUAACUUUAAUAACAUACAUAGUUUGCUAAGGACAGAGUCUAGUGCAAGAAAAUUUGGUCCUAGUGGCAGGUCAAGGUGACAAAACAUCUGUGGAAGUAGCUGAAACAUGAAAUUUUUAGAAGUCACCUUUAAAAUGGAGACAGCAGUAGACCAAAAUACAUGAGCGACAAGUGCAGAAUUCAAGUGUUAAGGACAAUUGCACAAAUUGUUUGAUGACUAAGAUUGCCUCUAAAAAGUUUGCCUGGAAAUAAAUACUGUAGUUAAUGGUGCAUUUUCAUCAAGGUUUUUUUUAUUUUUUACUUUAAUUUUUCGAUUGGCUCUCAAAAACAAGCAAGUAUUGGAUGUUGUUUGAUUUUUUUUUUCAAGUAAUUGUGUACAUUUCUAUAUAUCGCUGUACUCUUCUUGGCUAUUUUAAUGACCAUUGUUACGGUUUGCUUUUACAGAAGGGUCAGAACAAUUCAGCCUUUUUAUUUUUACUUGAUUAGACAAAUGUGUUAUCAAUAUUUAAUCACCAUCUUCUAUAUGUAUGUAUUAUUUCUUUGAUUUCCAAUCAUUUAUUGCAAUAAAGUCGGUUU